CCCGGCUCGCUCGGAGAGACAGGUAGAAAGGGGGAACCCAGUGCUCAUUUACCGCUCCCGAAUGCGAGCUGCAGGCCCCCUCGGAAGGGUCUCCUUUAGCAGGGACUGACUUUACCGAGGGAGACACCGUCAUUCUUCUGGAUUUGCCCAUCCUGCCCUGACAUGGUCCAUGCAUCCUCUGGAGAGGACGCUUCUCUUCUUAACACCCUGUCCCUGGAGACAUCCCCGCACUGCUCUGCAUCCAAUUGACUGUUGUCUCUGGUGCUCCAGGAACAGCCAGCCUUCACACAGCAGCUUUUGAAAAAGAGUAUCUGACUUGCUGCCUCUAAGAUGCCCCUCAGUUUUGUCUUCAGAGGGAGAUACAUGGUCCAAGAUACUUUCUCAGGACUAACAGAUCCGUGUCUGUGCAAGACUGAUGCUCUGCGUGUCCUUCUGGAAUAUCUCCUGACUUCCCACACAUGCAAACCAUCUCACUUUGGCACCAGGAGUUUGCUGCUGGAGACUGCUGCUCCUUCCCUCCCUCCUGUUCCCUGAAGCCUAGACUCUUCUCCAUUUCUUCCAUCACCAUGGCCUGUGGAAGAUCCCUGAGUGCAAGUUGCUGCUGGGAAAAACUGAGGUAGAACUGAAAUGGAGGACUGAGGAGCAAGCAAUAUCAUUCACCAGUUAGCAUGAUCUGGGAGAGUGUGCGUUGUCCUUGCCUGGUGCUGUCAGCACUGCCCUUCUUGAAGAGACGGACUUCAUCCUACCACCAUUCAAGGAAGUCCUGCAGCUUCUGAAAAUAAUCAGUUCCUUGGUGUUGUCUCAGGAGCAAUCAAUGAUGUGCUGUUUUUCAUGGGGACACCACCAGCAAAAUGAGCCUGUCUUCCCUUGCUGAAUCCCCUGACCUCUCUGUGAGGAGGAACUCGCAGCUUGGCAUUGCCCCUAAGGCAGGAGUUAGAUCCGAAUGCAUCCUCAGCCUGCUGUCUUAGAGCUGUUCCUGCUUAAGGUCAAUGAGAACAUCUCCUGCUAAUUCAUCAUGACAUAAUAUGUGGUCUCCUGCUCGAACCACGGGAUAAGUUUCUUGCUUCCUCUUGGUCUACACAGAUGUGACUCCAGGUGUUCAGCUGCCUUGUCUGGUACAGCGCCCUGGGAUGCCAUCGGGAGCUCGAAUGCCCCAUCAGGGGGCUCCCAUGGGUCCUCCAGGCCCCCCAUACGUCGGGAGCCCCUCUGUGCGACCUGGGAUGCCCCAGACUGUGAUGGAAACAACAAGAAAACGCACUGCGCCGCAGCAGGUCCAACAGCAGCAGGUGCAGCAGCAGGUGCAGCAGCAGCAGCAGGCCACUCAGAACCGAGCUAGGAGUGCCAAGAGGAGGAAGAUGGCUGACAAAAUUCUCCCUCAGAGGAUCCGGGAGCUGGUUCCUGAGUCCCAGGCCUACAUGGAUCUCUUGGCCUUUGAGCGCAAACUAGACCAGACCAUUAUGCGGAAGCGCGUGGAUAUUCAGGAAGCACUGAAGAGGCCAAUGAAGCAAAAGCGGAAACUGAGACUUUACAUUUCCAACACAUUUAAUCCUGCAAAAUCAGACGCUGAUGACUCAGAUGGCAGCAUUGCUUCGUGGGAGCUGCGCGUGGAGGGGAAGCUCCUGGAUGAUCUCAGCAAACAGAAACGGAAGUUUUCAUCUUUUUUUAAGAGUUUGGUUAUUGAACUGGACAAAGAUCUUUAUGGACCUGACAAUCAUCUUGUGGAGUGGCACAGAACUCCCACGACCCAGGAAACGGACGGCUUCCAGGUGAAGAGACCUGGGGAUGUCAGUGUGCGAUGCACAUUACUCCUCAUGUUGGACUACCAGCCUCCCCAGUUUAAGCUGGACCCACGGUUGGCCCGUCUGCUGGGGAUCCACACACAGACACGCUCAGCCAUCAUCCAGGCUCUCUGGCAGUACAUCAAAACAAACAAGCUGCAAGACUCUCACGAUAAGGAGUACAUUAACUGUGACAAGUACUUCCAGCAGAUCUUUGACUGUCCACGGCUAAAGUUUUCUGAAAUUCCUCAGAGACUCACUAACCUACUGCUGCCACCAGACCCAAUAGUGAUAAACCACAUCAUCAGUGUUGACCCCAACGAUCAGAAGAAGACGGCUUGUUAUGACAUAGAUGUAGAAGUUGAAGACCCAUUAAAGGGCCAGAUGAGUAGUUUUCUUCUCUCAACAGCUAACCAACAGGAAAUAACAGCAUUGGAUAACAAGAUUCAUGAGACAAUUGAGUCCAUAAAUCAGCUAAAAAUACAACGUGAUUUUAUGCUGAGUUUCUCCAAGGAUCCCAAAGGAUACAUCCAAGACCUUCUCCGGUCCCAAAGCAGGGAUCUUAAGGUGAUGACUGAUGUGGUUGGAAACCCAGAGGAAGAACGCAGAGCCGAAUUUUAUCACGAGCCAUGGUCUCAAGAAGCUGUGAGCAGAUAUUUCUACUGCAAGAUCCAGCAGCGCCGACAGGAAUUGGAACAAUCUUUGGGAGUGCGUAACACAUAAGUACUGCUCACAAGAUUCUGUUGGCAUCAUGACCACCAAACCAGUGGACUUCUCAGUGUUACUUAGCUCACUGUUACACGUGGACCUGCUUCCUGACUGGAUGAGAGCGUGCCAUCAACACACCAGUCAGAACACCAGCUUUAGAGUGAUCCUUGAAAAUAUUGCCCAGGACAGGUGUCUCAAACCAUUCCAAGCCAGAGACAGCAUCAUAAAAGUGUCAGUGUGAAAGAAGACUAAAGGUUCACUCAUCAACGCACAUCGUUACGUUUUAGUGCAAAGUUAGACACUACACAGCAAAUCCCAAUGGCUAUGCUUAGAAUCAUGGGUGGCACCGAUGGGGGAGGUUGAGAUGGGUGUUAUAGGAGACUACAGAUUUAGAGAAAUAAAUGCAGUUCUUACCCUGUGGUACACAAGAGUCUCAAACAGUAACUGACCUGGAAUUAGACAAGAUAGUUUUUCUUAUAGCUGUGGAAUGCUUUUUAUUCCUGAAUAGAGUUUUUGUUUCAGCUGGACCAGUGCAAGAAGCUAUCUCACUGUCUGAAAGAACAAACUGGGAGCAUUUGCAUCCUGGAAUGCAGAGCCAGUCUGGAAGAAAAGACAUAUAGUCAGGCCAUCUUUUCUGCAGAUGCUGCAAAUAUUUUCUCUUCCCCUUGCCCCAGCAGUGAAAGGUAAAGUGAAUCACAUAUCACUAGAUGGGUAUGACCCAUACACUCUACUGAGACAAAGAGAAUCAUUCCUGGGAUAAGAGCUUCUUAUGCAUCCUUAAUAUCAGUGGUAUUAGCAACAAAUGAGGCAUUCUGAGAAAGCUAAAAUAAUGUAAUGGUGCUUUGCUGAUGCCUGCCUUUAACACAGGAGAUAUUAACAAUAGGUACAUAUGUAAAAUACCAGAUUAUUUUAAUGUUUCUGUGUGUGACUGUAGGGUUCAUCACUGAAAAGAACUUCCUGAUUCUUGGUGUAGAAUCCAAGAAGCUUGACUUCAUGUCACAUGGUAGAUUUUUCUUUACUUCAGGAGGUUAAUAGAGUCCCUGGAUUGGCCUCACGUUCUGAUCAUCGGUGAACUGCCUCUUACUAUGAAUUAUUUAGCUCUCCCAUACAUGAUACGUGCUGGUUAUUUUGGAUGCUGUUGAGUUAUAAAGCACUAUCAGCCUUAAAUAGCACAGAGAACAUAUCCCUUGGAAAUCAUCUUCUUUGUAAAUGUACAACAAAUUCAGACAAUGGGAAUUUAUGGAACAAUUACUUGGAAGCAGGGACAUCUUCCUCAAAUCCUUCCCCUCCUCAUUUUUUGUAGUGCACAGAUGAGUUGUAAUUAAAGGAUUUCUAGUCCAAAAAACAGCUGCCAAAGUAUAACUGUCCAUUCGAUGUGGCACUCAAAAUCCUCUUCUAAGUUACUCUUUUUCACCUCCUUUCACUUCCUUGGAAAGAGAAUCAAAUUCACAUGUGGUACGGAAAGAAGGCAGCUCUUCUGAAUAAAUGUGUUUUUUUCUCUAGUAUUGCGUUUUCUGCUGUCUUUGCCAAUUUCUCUCUUAGUUUUAACUUAAAAGUUUCUUCUGUUCAGUCACAGAAGAGAUAGUCUUCUCUUUACCCCUGCAUUUAAUAUCUUUGUUUUCACAUUAAUAGUGCCAUAGCUUUUAGUCCAUCAUUUGUGUUCAGAGAUGUCUUGGCAAAUUUACUUUUGAUUGAAUUUAUGUGAUGGCAGUACUCUCACACAAAACCUGUUGGUGUGAGAAAAAGUAUGACAGUCCCUCAUUGUCUGAGGCCUUUUAUUGGGAAUGGCUUGAUUUGGAAUUUUUUCCCUUUUGUGUUAAAACCUCUUUCCACAUUAAAAUGUGAAAUCAUGCAGUCUUAAACUGGUUAUACUUAGGGGUUGUGAGGCUGCCACAGUGAUUGACUAGAAAUGUUACUUCAUUUAGGACUCUGCUAAUUGGGCAACAGGCAAGCAUUAUGAGUAAAAAACAGUGGGGGCCAUCUGCGACUGUGCUUCCGUAUUUGUUAUGCUGCUGUGUCUGUUGUGUGCAUGCUGCUCGGUGUAUAAAACUCUUGUCUGUAUGUGGCAAACAGAGCAGCUACAUUCAGGGGCUAUGCUCAGUCUGCAGGAAUAAGAAAUGCAGAGAAAAAUAGGCAAAGAUAUGAGAAGGACUGAGAUAGAUGCCUGCAGAAUGUCUGCCAGGGAAUUCUGAGUUUUGAGAACCUUCCUGCUGAAGUAGCCAAUAUUUGAGAGUAAUACCAGUCAUUUGCCACAGCUGACAGCAUACUGGAGUCCAGCCUGGUUUUAGAGCCUCUGAAUAAUUAAUUGGAUGGAUCUGGUUCCAAGUCUCUUUCAGAGCAAAUUAACAAAACUAAUGUGGUGUUGGUGCCAGUGUUCACAACUGUGUCACUGAAAGCUGAAACUCUGUCAAGCAGCAGUGUUAUACUGAAAGGGGUGUGUGCAUGAAUCGGCCACUGAAGAUGGCACUGGAGAUAGCAGUCCAGAAUCUAAAUAUUUCACUGGCUAUAAAAAAAGACUGGUCACUACCUGUGAGUCUUGGGAAUAGCUGUCAGGUGUCUUUCCUUUGGUUAAACUGGGGUUUGAGAUCCUGAUGCCUUUUUCCUGUGUUCAGGAACUGUUUGGGUGUUUUACUGAAGACAGACAGAGAAAAAUUUUGUCCUUUGUUCCACAGGUACAGCUAAGAGCUUGUGUGCAAAACAAAAAUUUUAUUUGAAGAGAAAUAAUGGAGCAAUACUGGAAGCAACUACACCAAGUGUUGCUUGAGCAUUGAAAAUGAAAGGUAGCGGCACCGAACAGUCAGGUAAUUAUGGCAGACUGUGAAUGAGGAAUUCAUUUGAAGUUCAGGAUGGUUGUCUUUUUGUGUGUAUAAAAGAUGACAAGAUGUUUUGGGGUCUUCAGUUGCCACAGUACAAUACAGAUCUAUGCAUACUGUAAAAAAACAUUCUGUGCAUAGAAAUAGUUCAUGUAUAGAUGAUAAUAUAGAUUGUUAGAAAAUAGGGCAUCAAACUAGGAAAGGGUUCAACAGAGUUCUGGAGUACCAGUAGUAGGGAAAUGUAUCUUGGAGCAAGAGUGUUGACACGGCAGGUUAGAAACAGUUUUAUUUAGUCUUCUGGGUUGUUGGCCAUGAAGCAGGAAUCCGAUUAAAUGUUUCUUAGAGAUUGAAGGGGAAGCAAAUGUUUGGUUGUGGAAUAAAGAGAAGAAUACAACAGUGGGAAAGAAAAUUAAAAAAUGGAGCAGAGUGCCACUGAAGCGGCAGUAAGACGCAGCACAAGAUAACGUGCAAAGCACUCUUGGAAAUAGCACAGCCCACGUGAGUCUGUGCAUUCUGUGUGCUCGUGUGUGUGCGGACACAGAGAGCUUUUGGGAGAGACAGUCACAGUCGGUGUGUAGCCUGGGAAGUGGGAGGCAAGGACAGAACCAAAAGUUUUGUAAGGAACUUUGAGACGCACUAUCGAAGCAUUUUCACUGUUACCAGCAGGGAUUCAGUUGCUCGACAUAGCAGGGUUGGCAGCUGUAGUGCAGACAUCGUCUCAGCUGGCAGGUUUUUUACACCACAUUGUUUAGAACUUAUCCUGUGGAAGCCAAGUGAAAAUAUUAGUGUAUAAAUCAAUAUUGGUGCAUAUCCUAGGGCUCCUAAUUUUGCCAAAAUGCUAAUCAGGUAUUUGGGGGUUGUUGGUCUGGUUUUGUGUGGAGAACUCUUUCAUGGCAAUAUGAAGAGAUAAGGAGAGAAAGAAGGCUCUUUUUUACUAAAGAAAGCAGUCUCCUUUCUGUAACUGCUCUGUUGUUUAAUAGAAUGUAUCUGUUCUGCCAGAUCCUGUAUUAUAAACAUCUUUUCCAAACUCACUGAAGAGAGGAACUCCAUUUAAAAAAUACAUCAGUGAGUUUGCGAGAGUGAGCAAAUACAUGUAUAAAGAAUAGGGGGAAGAGAGAGAGAGAGACUCUCUCUACUCUGUAGCCACCAUAGCCAUUGUAUGAUGCUGAGUGAUUCCUAGAACAGCUUUUAACAAUAAAUACUUUGUUUCUUUGUA